AUAAGGUGGGGAGUCGAGGAGUUCGGCGAUUCAACCGAUUGCGGUGGCGCGUCAUCCCGAAGUCGAACUCGGGUACUUGGCGACUACUUAAUGGAAGGAACCUUGCGGGAGAAGAGGCGCAUCAAGGACGGCGGAGGCCGCCCGUCCAAUAUGCCUUCACCUCCUUCCGAGUGCUUCACGAAAGAAGCACUCGAAAGUUGGAAGGAGGUGAUAAUCGGCGAUGGCGACCGCUCCGUAGGGCGUAGCAAUCCGAUGACUUUUAGCAGUAGGCUAAGGGAUUUCCUAGUUAUGGACUUGGCCGAAGGGACUCUCUCCCGGCCUGAGGACGCCGGAUUAUUAGAAGGGUGGGGCCUCACUAGGGUUAAGGCUAUGGUAAAACACUUGCCUUGGGUGGAAGAGACUUCGAAAGAAGAUCUGGCUGCCGCCUAUCUCGGGGCAAGAAGUCUUUGGUACUUCGAAGAAGAGAGGGAAACGUGGGUGGUAGACAAGGGAUUUUGGGUGAGGGCCAGGGACGAUUGGCUUUUAGGUCAUAUCAUGGCUUUCUCGAUGUUCUCCGAGAUUCACGGGGAAAGGAUAGGGAGAUUACCAAUCAAGAAAAUCGAAGGAUUAAGGGAGAUAGUGAGGGAAGUUUCGAAGGCGCACUUUCCCGAGAGGAGGCGUGCCUUCGCGACGCUUGACAUUUUGAUGGGAGCCCCUCAGAUUAUCAAUCAUUGCCGUCAUACGAUGGCGGAUCUGGUGACGGGCCUUCGGAGGGAGCGAGAAGGGAGAAGCGAUGGGGGAAUUUUGAAAGAGUUUCUGACUGAAGCGACGUAGCACUUGCGUUGUCACCUUUUGGAUGCCACUAUUCGGUUGUGCAAAGGGAAUGAAACAUGGAUGAUUAC